AUGAAGAAGGAACCCAAAGAACAAAACUGUCCACCUGCAGGACAGGGUUGCAGCAUAAAAGAGUUUAUGAGGAUGAACCCCCCAGCCUUUACAGGGGGACCUGAUCCAGUGGCAACAGAGAACUGGGUACAGGAGAUAGAAGAAAUCAUGGCUGUACUCAACUAUACGGAUGAGUAUUUUCCUUCAUCUAUCAAAGAUGAGAAGAUAGAAGAGUUCACCAAUUUGACCCAGGGAAACAUGAUAGUUGCGGAGUAUGCGGCUAAAUUUGUAGAACUGUCACGGUUCACUCCAUUUCUGGUCCCAAAUGAAGCAAGGAAGGCCAAGAAAUUUGAGAAAGGUAUGAGGCACAGAAUCUAUGAGCUGGUGGUCGGGUUUCAGGUUCAGAGUUUUUCAGAAAUUGUUGACAAGGUCUCAGUGUUAGAGAAGAGUAUCCAAGGCAGCAUUGAGCCUUCAGAGCACAAGAAGAGACCUGCACCAUCUGGUUUUCAGUCUGAGGCCAGUCAGGGAUUAGGAAAGAAAGGGAAAGAAGUAAUGGGCUCUGUAUACCCAAAGUGUGAUAAAAGGCAUAGGGGUGAAUGCUGGUAUGGCACUCCGAAUUGCUAUAGGUGCGGUAAACCAGGGCACCGCAGGAAAGAUUGCCAAGAACCCUUGCCUAUGGUCGCUGCUCAGAAUCAAGAUAAGAGAAAGCAGUAG